GCCGUGGUGAGGGAGAGGGUAGACGUCGACAUCGUGUGUGUGUCUGUGUGUGUCAGUGUGUGUGUGUGUGAGAGAGAGAGAGAGAAAGAGAGAGAGAGAGAGAGAGGGAGAGAGAGAGAUGUCGGACGUCGUGGCCGUUGUGAGGGAGAGGAUCGACGGGAAGGAGGUCGUCGUGCAGGAGACAAAGCUUGAGCGAGGGAGCGAGCGCGACCGCGAAAUGGAUUGGGCCCCUGGCGUGCAAACCAACGACACGCGUGUCUAUUACGCACUGGUGAACGGCUUGAUGGCCAUGCGGAUCGUGGCAUGGCUAGGCUACGACGGGGAGUACAACCUAGUGGAGGUUGUACUGCGGGUGCGGAAACUAUCGAAUGUUGUCCCCGACACGUGGCAAACGCCGAACCCUGACAUCGUGGGCGACAUGGUGAGGUACCUCAUCUCCGCCAUCGCCGAGGAACAUCUGGCGGCCAUGGAUGCGAAUGCGUCGUAUAGUGCGGAAUUUGAGCCUCCCCUUCGUGGCAGGGGGUACCUUCAUGGCGCUAUCCGAAUUUGGUGCCCGAAGGACGACCUCAGGGCCGCGCGUAACAGGUGGUGAGGUCGAGUGUUCGUACGUAGCGGCAGGCGCAUGGAUGCCACUGUUCAGGCGCCGCUGCGAUGGCCUUCCACGUGUGCAUGACGGGCGAUUAGUGGGGACCGUCGGUGGAGGGGAGGAGGAUUGAUUGCCGAUUAGUGAUUGGAGCGGUUCGCGGACCUUGUCUCGUGUGCAUGACGAGCGUGUGCGCACAUGUCUUUGUACUGCGUCGAUGGGAGCAGGGUUUGGGUUCUUCCACGCGGACGAACUGGAGAGGGUCAAUCCUUCCUGUCAAGGAAGCAAUCAAUGCCCAUCUCCGUU